AUGAAAUAUGAAAUAACGAAAUUAACAAAGGUUAGAGCUCACCGAAUUACGCUUGGGGCUGUGGCUGCUGGAGACGGAGCGGCGGGUGGCGGCUGGGGACCGAGCGACGGCUGGCUGGGGACCGGGUGGCGGCUGGGGGGAGGGCUGGUGUACCCCGCCGAGGAGGGUACGGGCAGGACAGGUAAGGGUGGGGUGGGGGUCUGCACAACCGGGGGGGAGGGAGGGACCAGCUUGGAACCGGCGGUCGGGGAUGGAGGGUGGCGGGGAGGCGGCGACGAGGUCGGCGCCGCGGACCGGAGGUCGGUGCCGGCGGUUGAGUCGGGUCGGCGCCGAAGGACAGCGGCGGCGCCGGGGACCGGGGACCGGUGCAGGAGAGAGGGAGAGAGGGUCGGCGCCGGAGGUCAGUGCCGGAGCCGGAGAUCGGGCCCGGAGAUUGGGUCGGGUCGGCGACGGCGACGGGGGCCAGUGACCGGAGCUAGCGAGAGAGAGGGUAGGGAGGAAGAGAGAGAGCCAUUAGAGAGAGAUGAGAGCCAUUAA